AUGGCGGGUAUUGCGUUCGCUUUUGGGAUCUUAGGUAUUGUAAUCUCUCUUGCGAUUUACCUGGCUCUAGUGUAUACAUUUAGAAAAAUCCGCGACGUGAAAUCGACGGUAGGGUACACGGUGAUUCCGUACACCGUUGCCCUAUUUGCAUCGGCCAUCUGGCUCUAUUACGGUGCGAUUAGGUUAAACGCAAUCACGUUAGUUAUCAUUAACAACAUUGGCUGCAUGAUCGAGAUGGCGUACGUCGUCAUAUUUUUCUACUACUCGGGGGACUAUGAUCGAGUUAGAGCUGUUAGGACACACAGUGUGUACGGUAUACCUAUCACACUGACGUGCGUCCUAACAGGUAAUGCUGUCAUUUGGGGCAUCUAUGGUUUUGCCAAAGGAGAUGCCAAUACCUGGCUUAAUGAAAGCCAUUAUCCUCUUCCUGAAGCUGUGAAAAAGUUUUGUUGA